AUGUGCCACUUUCAGGUCUCCUCACACUGCUGGUGUGUUGAAUUUUUUGACAUAGGGUGCUGGCAGAUUACGGGCCUCCCAUAGCUGCUGCCAGGCCCCUAAUCUGCCAUGGGCCCCUAUAUACCGCCUCCUCAUGCUGCUGCCAGGUCCAGAGUCUCUCAUGGGUCCCUGUACGGCCUCCCAUUGCUGCUGUCUCCAUCGCCACACUCUGCCAUGUGCCACUUUCAGGUCUCCUCACACUGCUGGUGUGUUCAAUUUUUUGACAUAGGGUGCUGGCAGAUUACGGGCCUCCCAUAGCUGCUGCCAGGCCCCUAAUCUGCCAUGGGCCCCUAUACCGCCUCCUCAUGCUGCUGCCAAGUCCAGAGUGUGUCAUGGGUCCCUGUACGGCCUCCCAUUGCUGCUGUC